UUUUUAUUGAAGAACAGAGCGAGGGAGAGAAAGAGAGAGAUCUGGGAGUGAAAGAAAGAAAGAUGGAUAAGGGAAAGAUCCAAGAGGUGAUCGAGAAGCAAGUCCUCACGGUGGUUCAAGCCGUCGAGGACAAGAUCGACGAUGAGAUCUCCGCCCUCGACCGCCUCGACUCCGACGAUCUCGAAUCCCUCCGUGAGCGCCGCCUUCACCAGAUGAAAAAGAUGGCCGAGAAGCGUAACCGUUGGAUCUCCCUCGGACACGGCGAUUACUCCGAGCUUCCCUCCGAGAAAGACUUCUUCUCCGUUGUCAAGGCCAGUGAUCGCGUCGUCUGCCAUUUCUUCCGCGAAAAUUGGCCCUGCAAGGUUGCAGACAAGCAUUUAGGCGUGUUGGCAAAGCAGCAUAUCGAAACUCGUUUUGUGAAGAUUAAUGCUGAAAAAAGUCCGUUUUUGGCUGAGAAGCUCAAGAUCACUGUUCUUCCAACUCUUGCCCUCAUAAAGAAUGCCAAAGUGGAUGAUUAUGUGGUGGGAUUUGAUGAACUUGGUGGAACUGAUGAUUUUAGCACCGAGGAUUUGGAAGAAAGAUUAGCUAAAGCUCAAGUCAUCUUUUUGGAGGGUGAAUCAUCAAUUCAUCAAGCAAGGUCCACUGCACAAUCCAAAAGAAGUGUUCGGCAGGCCACAAGGGCAGAUUCAUCAGAUUCAGAGUAACUUUAACUUGCUUGAUGAGUUUUAUUUAUGUUGCUCUCCUGGAAAAAAUGAGCAUCUAGGUCAUACUAUAAUUGUAGUCUUCUUGACUACCUUGUGUGUAAUCUUCUAAGAUUUGAUAUCAUGAUUCUAGAUCUGAUUCUAGAAGAUCUAGUGUUUCUAGCAGUGGCUAUUACUGUUGCGAAGAUCAUCAUUUUUGCUGAAAUAUUUUUGAGAAAAUCAUCUGCUUGUACUAAAUGAUGUUAGUCAUUGUGAGUAAUUCUACAAGGUUUGAGAUUGACACAA